CACCGCCAUGGCCCCCAAGCGGGCCAAGGCCAGCGGGGUGGCUGCCUCCUCCUCCGCGGGGACCGCAGCGAAGAGCUGGGAGGCUGCGCUGGUGUCCGUCCCGUUGGAGGAGGAUGACUGGAAGCCUAGCAUCGCUUUUGUGGUGGGAGCUAGAAUUGAGGAUGAAAUUCACACAAAGGCCUUGUCCCUUGCUGUGCAGGUGCCACAGCGGAAGCUCUUCAGCGUGGUAACAUGUGAAGAUAUCUUCAGACAGAUUGCAGAAUCUGGAAGUCAAAAGGGGAAAAAGGUUAAAGAUGUGCCUAUGUUCUAUGAGGUUGUAGAAGUAGCCAAAGCCAUUUUGGAUAGUGGAGAAGAAAUUCCUGUUACACUAACUGGAAAGCUAUUGAAAUUUCAACUGCUUUGCAUUAAACAGAAGGAUCUUCAGAGAAGGGACGCUGAAAAGGCUGAAGAAGAGCAAAAAAAGGAAAAGAAUGGAGGGAAAGAGGCAGGCAAACCUCUUGGCAAGGAGAAACCUCCUAGUGGCAAGACAACUGAGAAAGAGAGAAAAGGAAAAAAGACAGAAGCAGCCUCUUCAGUGCCAGUUACUGUUAAAAAAAAUACCCAAUUGAUGCGACGAGGAGAAAAGGAAGAGGAAUACAAUUAUAUUGAUGAUGAACCAGAUGACGGUGCCCAUUAUUACUUUAUAAUUUUGGGUUUCCACAACCUUCAGCUACUGCCGGUGAUGUUGGAGCUUGGAGUUAAUGUUUCAAGUGUAAUCAAGAUUUCUUCUGAGAAUUAUGAGCCAUUACAGACAUACUUGGAAGCAGCUAGAUUUCGAGAAGAGUCUUUACUUUCACCUGAAGAUGUAGAAGCACAGGAAAAAAAGAAAAAUGAAUCUAUCAAAGACCUGGAAACGUUUUGGAAAUACCUGGAACCAGUUCUGAACAGUGAAAAGUAUGGGUCAAGACUCUUUGAUGUUGCCAGACUUCAUCACCUAGUUAAGGAGAAUGCCUUUCCUUCUGAUUGGUCUGACAGAGAAAUCCUGCUUGCAUUUGGCACUGAACUAUUUGAAAGCAUUGCUUGUUUAAUGUAUGACUGCAUAGACUGGAGAAGACAGCAUUGUAACUACUUGGAAAACACCAAAUUUAUUAAUGUGCCUGAAUUGUCAGAAAGCAAAUCGACACAGCCACCUAUAGUAACCAAGAUACAACCAGCAUCACAGAUUACGCCUUCAAAGAAAAAGCAGCAAGCAGAAGUUCUGACAACAAAUGGUGAGGAAUUCAAUAAAUCUAGCUUAAUUAGUUUUCUUUUUACAGCAGAGGAAGAAUUUUCUUUUAUGGCUACUUCUAUGGAUAUGAGAUAUUACAAUGACUUGCUGAAUCAGAUUCCUGAAGAAUGCUUUUCUGUGCCCAUAAUGCUGAACUGCAUGCUGGAACAGGUUAUUGCUAGUGAGGAAAACCUAACACCACCUAGUCUGGUGGUGCCAGAAGAACGGGCAGAUGGGAUACAUCAUAAGAUUGCAGAUCAUAUAGCCUCUGUCCUUCCUUCACUUCCACUUUCUGAGAGUGAAAAAAAGAAUCUGUAUGACUACUUUUCUCCCAAAUACAGCGAAGAAACUGUAACCCCCAAAUACCCACUCUUAUUUAACUACCACGAUGCUCUAGCUCAGCGUUUGCACCUGCUGAAGAUCCAGGGCAACUUAAAUCCAAAAAAGAUUGAACAUGAAAUGAUGGAUAAAUUGCCUCUUAAAGAACUUAUCCAUUUCACCCUUCCUUCAGCUGAAAAUGACUCUAAACGCUUGGCCAGAGUUCACGAGCUUAUGCAUUACUGUACCAGUGAACUUCUGAGUUGGGCUGAAGUGGAAAGAGCCUUCAGAGUAUUUACUUUUGAAAGCCUGAGGCUGACUGAGCUGAGUGACUCUGGACUCCUGGAGAGCUCUGGAUCUCUGGUUGGAGGUGAUUCUGAAGUAUCUUGUAUACCCUGGGAUAAUCCAGCCAAGUUUGCAAGGCAGCUGAGACAACUCUUCCUUAUGGAAAUGAAACUUAAUGGGAAAUCACCAGGAGGCUCUGGACACGCAAAAGCAAAAGACAGGGGUGAAAGAGACGGUCUGGCUGAUUCUGUUUUGAACAAAGAAUUGGAUCUUUCUGCUUCUGAUCUGGCAAGUGUGAUAAAUGGAGUAAACUGUGCUUCAUAUUACUUUGUUUCAUUGUAUUUUGAGGUGAGUCUGGAAAAUUAUGGUCUGGAAUCAAAAUUGGAAGAAAUAAAAAAGACUCAGAAACGUUGUCUGACAGACUGGAAUUUUGCUGAGCAUUUUCAUCCUGAUGUCCUUCUUCAGGUUCUUCAUACUGCAGCCCAGGAAUAUAGAUGUAUCGAUUCCUAUUAUCAUACGCAAGAUAAGUCUUUGCUAAUGGUUCUUCACAAUCCUAUGAAUCAGAAUCGUUUGUGCCGGGAGACUUGGGAUGUUGCAUUGCACUCUAAUGUUGGAUUCAGGAACUAUCUUGAGUUCGUGGCCACCUCAAUUGAAGACUGGGUUAAAGAGGAAGAAGUCAAAUAUCAAGAAAAGAAGAUAGAUAGAGAAAUAAAGGCUCUUAAACAGGGAGAAGGCGUGACAGAGGGACCACCUGAAUUUUUCAACUGUGCUGUCAAAAAGCCUGGCUUAUCCAUAAUAGCUUCAAACAGAACAUCAAGACCUGAGAGCAUAAUGGACACCAUUCUAGAAUCUCAGUCCAUCAAUGAAAAAAGACCUUUGAUUAGAGAAGGUUCUCUUAAGGCUAGUAAAGAGAAACAGAAUAAAUUACUAGAGGAAGAACGACUUAAGGAAGAGAAAGAAGCAAAGAGAGAAAACUUGAGUGGUAAAAUGAAAAGACAAGAGACAGUAAUAUGUGAAGAAAGUGAAGGUUCCAAUAAGAAAUCUUCCAAAGAGAAGCUUAAGGGUGAACCAACAAAAGCCCCUGAAUCUGAGGAGGAUCUCAACAUCCCAAAAACACAUUCUGAGAAAAUUUAUAAGUUUCUUGGUUACAACACAGGGGAGAAUCUCAUUCAAGUAUCUGGAAUCAAUCACUAUCUUUUCCCAUCUGAUGGAGGACAGAUUCAAGUAGAGAGGAUAGAGUUUGUAAAAGGUCUAACUUUGGUAAAGAUGAAGGUGGUAAAGGACAACCACAACUUCUUCAUUCAUAUCACAGACCCCAAGAAAAACUUAACAGAAAUUGAAGUGCAUGAAAAUAGCGAAGAACAGAAAACUGCACGAGGAAAAACUAAAAACAGAAAGAAAGCUGUGAGCAAGUUUGGAUCUUUUUCAGCCACGUUGGAAAAUGGAAUCCAGCUGUCCCUGAGCUAUUACGGACCUACAGGGAAGACAUCAGAUGAUAAAACAGAUCCCGUCUUAGCAGCAAUUCUGAACGUUCCUUCUGUUCAUAUUCUGACUGUUCCUCCUUCAAUUACCUCAGCUUCAGGAAAAAAAGACAAGUCAGUCAAACAAAAAUCAGGAAAAUCUCUGCCAUCUACAAAAUCAAGCAGUAGCAGGAUAAGCUCUUCACCACCAGACAACCGUGAAAAACAAGAAGAAAAGGUGGAAGUAGAAGAACCAGCUUCCCAAACAAAAGUGAUGUCAGCUGCUCUUGCUUUCCGAAGCCUCAACGUCUCCUGUCCUAAUGGACUAGUAUUAACUUUCCUUGGUGAAAGUCUUGAAGACUUGGAAGAUGCAGCUGCUACAGUUGAAGCCAAGGAAGAUGAUGUUGAGAAAGGUGAGAUCAGAACAUAUAAAGUCAGAGAAGAGGAGGUUGAGAAACAGCAGACCGAAGCAGAUGAAGCCAAGGAAGAGAAGGCUGAAAAAGAUGAGGCCAAAGCAAAUGAAGAGAAGGGGGAGAAGGCUGUGGAAAGCGAAGAGAAGGAACAUGAGAUUAUAGAAGGUGAAAUAAAACAAGACGACACCAAGAGAGAAAAUACCAAGCAACCAGCUUUGAAAAUUCUCGUUAGGCAAAGUUAUCCCCAGAAUGUGAACAACUCUCGUCUAUAUGCAUCAGUGACAAGUCAAAUAAAACAAGAGGUAUCAAGAGUCAUCACCAGUCAAGGAACUGUUAUAAGAUACAUGAUGGAUGGAUCUACCUGGAUUCUGUUUGCUGAUGGCACAGUGAGUAGAAGUCCUGAUUCUGGCCCUGUCCUACCACCACCUGUAAUUCCAGAAAACAUGCAACCAUUAUCAGAACCAGAACCUUUACCUGAGAUGAGCACUAGGAGAGGAAAAAGCAGUGACAAAAACAUUGUAUUGCACCCAAAGAAGGAGGAAAUAUUUGAAGACGUUAUUCAGGGUCUGGUUAAUCCUGAGCAACCUAAGGAGAAUCCAGCAGGAACCUGGAUAACAACAACCCCAUUAGGCAUUCAAGUGGGAACUGAAGGAGGAAGGCGAAUGGAUCUGGAGCCAAUCUUAUUGUAUCAGGCAACUGACCCAGCUGAUGGAACAGUUAUGACUGUACGAGAUGAUGAAGUGAUAAUUGUUGAGAAGCUGGAUGGCAGCAGAGUAGUAGAUCAUGCGGAUGGUACUAGAAUCACAACUUUUUACCAAGACUGUGAAGCACAUCCUGUAGCUCAGGAUAGCAAGAAAACAGAUGAACUCUCAGAAACCAUCACAAGGAAAGUAAAAUGUAUUCGAGUAGAAAACCCAAAAUUUGCUACUGUUACAACAAAUUGUGAGGAUGGUACCUGUUGUACCAUUUUUGGAGAUGGGACAUCUAUUAUAGCAAAGCCACAGGGAACAUAUCAGGUUCUACCCGUCAAGGCAGGCUCCCUUUUCAUUGAUGAAGAUUGCUCAGCAGUUUAUACCCAUGAAGUCUGCAAUUUCACCACCAAGAAGGAAGGGACACAAGCAGGAAGAUAUAUUAUGAAACACACUUCCAGCACUAUUUGUGAGAUGAUGGAUCCUGAAGGAAAUCUUUUCAAGGUCAUGGCUGAUGGCAGCACAUCUGUGUUAGUUCAAAGCAUUGGCUUUGAUAGCAGGAAGAGCAAAAGUUCAGCAUCCGUAGUCCCAGAAGUUAACAAAUCCAUCUCUUAUGAUGAACAUGUCCCCAGGUUCUUCAUCAUCCAUAUGGAUGGUUCAGGAACUGAACUCCUGCGGAGCAAGGAUGUGGAAGAAUAUCUUGCUGAGGUCUGUGAUGAUCCAGCUGUUGCAGUUUUGCAGGAACCCGUACAAGAAUAUCCAGGUGCUGUAAGUAUUACCAUCCUCUUCCCUUUGUCUGAAGCCUCUCCCUGGGUAAUGAAGAAAGAACCAGAGAGUAUUGUUCCUCCAAAUCUUCGGCCAAGAACUUGGAAUGCAUUUUCUCCUUGUGAGAAGGAGAUCACAGUCAGAACACACAUUUGGAAGGGUCUCUGCAUUGGUUCCAAAGAGGAGACAUGCUUACCAGUACCUUUGCGAAAAUGUCCAAAAAAACUGCAAAUCCGUCAGCUGUUCCAGUAUGAGCCGCUCAGUGAUGAACUAAGAGAAAAGCUACAGUUUUCUCUCAAGAAAUACAUAGAAAACAUUUUAAAGCAGGAAGAUGAGCUGGAAGAGAUGAAUUUAAAAGAACCAAGAACGGAAGAGGAAAAAGAGAAUGCUGCAAAUCUCCUUGAUCUGGUUAAGUUCUUCCCUAACUGGGAGAAAUCAUCUGAAGAUCUCAGUGCCAAAGCUCACAUAACUGAGCUGUAUGAAAAUGCAGUGGCUUCUCAACGCCUGCUUCACAUAAAGAAAAGAGUCACUGAGCAAACAGCAGACCAGCAGCAGAGCUUCAGCACAGAAGAACAAACUCCAGUGUCCAAAUGGCAGAGCAAACUACAAAAGCACAGGAAAGAACUUGACGAAGGAAAGAAAACCUUAAUGGCAAUAAGAAACAAAAUAAUUCCUCCCUACUUUGAAUCAGAAUUGGGCAAGGCAUUUCUCUCAAAAAAGUUUCCUGAUGUGGAAGCGUUAUCUAAAGAACUUCCUCCAGUUCCACAAAAAGAAAGUAGGAAUCUCCUUCCAGAGACAAUGAAAAACCUCAGGAGAGAAUCUGAAUGUCUUAGUAGCAUGAGUGACUCCUCCCCUCCCCCUAGUCUUCUGCUGCACACUCAUUCAAUACAAAGUGAAGAUUCCAGCAGCACAACAGACCCAAGCUUGGCUGUGGAGUCACAAGAGGCACCCUUUCAAGUAAAGGUUCAGAGUUUGCUGGUGAAUGCUGCAGGACAGCCAAGGAAACAGAAAGUGAGAUUACCAUCAUCACUCCUGGGGACAAAACCAAACUCCAUACCACAUAAAAAGGUAGAAGAUCCUGCUGCAGGAAGGGUCAACAUAUCUUCUCUUGCAACAGCAAAACAGCAUCUUAGUGGCUUCCACCUCAUUCCACCUCAAAUGAUGUUUGGAAUACUAAAGGAAGGCUGUACCUAUGCAGCCACUGUGAUUAUGAAGAAUGUUGGCAUUAAUUUCUCAAGGUUUCGGGUGAAGCAGCCACCUCCAUACACAGGACUGAGCGUGCUGUACACACCUGGGCCUGUGGCAGCAGGACUGCAGGUUGAACUGGAGAUAGAAAUUUUUGCCAUGUCAGUUGGAGAGGAAAGUACUAAUGGCUUUGAAGAAAUUUCCCAUGAUAUUGAAAUAAUAACAGAAACAGAGACUCUUUUGCUGCCUGUGAGAGCAACUGUGUUAAGAAGUGACAUUUACGAGUGCCGCCCACAAGGAUACCCCCAGGGUGGGAUGGCAGCAGCAGUCCGGGCAGUUCCUACAAGUCCCAAGCCACGGGUCCGGAUUACGCUACCCCGAAAGCUUUCAAGCUAAUGUCAAAGCCUUGGAAGAAUGAUGUAAAAAAGCAGCAAUAUUGAAUUACCCAAAUUUUAGUCCAACGUUAUGGAAACAUUCCCAGUGUAGACUUUUUCAUUUAUUCAAUCAAAUUAACAUGAAUGAAAAUUUUGUCUCUCUCUUAUUCAUGGGAAAGGUGGUCUGAAAGUUGCAGUGCC